GGCUCCCUGGGGUGUAAGGAUUAGAUGUCUGUGUAAGGACACCGCAACGAUUUCAAAAUUUCAGGGGAAAAGGGCCUUGGGGUUUGGACAUCUAUUGACUUGGCCAGCGAGGCAGGCUCUACAACUGGCAUCAUGAGUAAAUCAGACAGCUACGAGAUGUUUGUGGAGAUGGACAAAAUGGAUGGGGAUAUGGAUGUGAAGAUCAAGAAAAAGAAAAAGAUAAAGAAAAAGGAGAAAUUGGAGAGCAUGAAGAAAGAGAUGGACAUUGAUGACCAUGAGAUAACAAUCGAGGAGCUGGAAAUGAGAUACUCAACCAGUAUCAACAAAGGUCUAAGCUCAAACCUAGCCCAGCAGAUCCUGGAGCGUGACGGCCCCAAUGAGCUCAAGCCACCCAAGGGCACCCCUGAGUAUGUGAAGUUCGCCAGGCAGCUAGCCGGAGGGCUGCAGUGUUUGAUGUGGGUGGCGGCCGUCAUCUGCUUAAUCGCUUUCGGCAUUUUGCGUGCAAAGGGUGAACUCUCCAGCUAUGAUGAUCUCUAUCUGGCCAUCGCUCUAAUUGCAGUGGUCGUAGUGACUGGCUGUUUUGGCUACUACCAGGAAUUCAAGAGCACGAACAUCAUUGCUAGUUUCAAAAAUCUGGUUCCACAGCAAGCCAUGGUGAUCAGGGAUGGACAGAAGAACCAAAUCAAUGCCAACAUGCUGGUGGUGGGAGAUCUGGUAGAGAUUAAAGGAGGUGACCGAGUUCCUGCUGAUAUCCGUAUCAUCACUUCACAGGGCUGCAAGGUGGAUAAUUCUUCCCUGACCGGCGAGUCAGAGCCUCAGACCAGGAGCCCAGAAUACACCCACGAGAGUCCACUGGAGACCCGCAACAUUGCCUUCUUCUCCACCACCUGUUUAGAGGGUGUGGCCACAGGGGUGAUCAUCAACACCGGUGACCGCACCAUCAUUGGACGAAUUGCCAGUCUUGCCUCCGGAGUGGGCAACGAGAAGACCCCCAUCGCCAUCGAAAUCGAGCACUUUGUGGACAUCAUCGCCGGUCUGGCCAUAUUCUUCGGCUUCUCGUUCUUUGUGGUCGCCAUGUUCAUCGGUUACGCCUUCCUGGAGGCCAUGAUCUUCUUCAUGGCUAUCGUUGUGGCUUAUGUGCCUGAAGGACUUUUGGCCACUGUCACUGUGUGUCUGUCUCUGACGGCCAAGCGUUUAGCUAGAAAGAACUGUGUGGUGAAGAAUUUGGAGGCUGUGGAGACGUUGGGUUCCACCUCUGUUAUCUGCUCAGACAAGACCGGAACCCUGACGCAAAACCGCAUGACUGUGGCCCACCUGUGGUUUGACAACAUGAUCCAUGCUGCUGACACAACAGAGGACCAGUCAGGCCAGAGUUUCGACCAGUCUUCUGAGACGUGGAGGUCAUUGGGACGGGUUGCGUGUUUGUGCAAUCGGGCCAUUUUCAAACCCAAUCAAGAAACUGUGCCCGUCCCCAAGAGACAAGUGGUCGGAGAUGCUUCUGAGACAGCCCUGUUAAAGUUCACAGAGCUAACCAUCGGAAACAUUGUAGACUACAGGGCACGGUUCAAAAAGGUCUGUGAGGUGCCUUUCAACUCCACCAACAAAUUUCAGCUGUCAAUACAUGAGCUGGAGGACCCAUUAGACCUGCGCUACUUGUUGGUGAUGAAGGGGGCACCAGAGAGGAUUUUGGAACGCUGCUCCACCAUCCUGAUAAAGGGCCAGGAGCUGCCACUGGACGAGCAAUGGAAGGAGGCCUUCCAGACUGCAUACAUGGACCUGGGAGGUCUGGGAGAGAGAGUGCUGGGUUUCUGCCACCUGUACCUCAAUGAGAAAGAAUUCCCUCGUGGCUAUGCCUUUGACUGUGAUGAAAUGAACUUCACCACAUCUGGCUUGUGCUUCGCUGGACUCAUCUCCAUGAUUGACCCACCCCGCGCCACAGUACCUAGCGCCGUCAUGAAAUGCCGUACAGCUGGCAUUCGUGUUGUUAUGGUCACUGGUGACCACCCCAUCACAGCCAAGGCUAUUGCUGCAAAUGUGGGUAUUAUAUCAGAGGGCAGUGAGACAGUGGAGGACAUUGCUACAAGACUGCGAAUCCCUGUGGAGCAGGUUAAAAAGAGCGAUGCCCGGGCAUGUGUUAUAAACGGUGGUCAGCUGAAGGACAUGACCAGCGACGAACUGGAUGAAGCUUUGCGGUGUCACCCAGAAAUGGUGUUCGCCCGCACCUCUCCCCAGCAAAAGCUCAUCAUCGUCGAAAGCUGUCAGCGUCUGGGCUCCAUUGUGGCAGUGACUGGAGACGGAGUGAAUGAUUCACCUGCUCUGAAGAGGGCAGAUAUUGGUAUUGCUAUGGGCAUUGCUGGCUCUGAUGCUGCUAAAAAUGCUGCAGACAUGAUCCUGCUGGACGAUAACUUUGCCUCCAUAGUAACAGGAGUAGAACAGGGCCGUCUUAUCUUUGACAACCUGAAGAAGUCCAUUGCCUACACUCUGACAAAGAACAUUCCAGAGCUGACUCCCUACCUCGUCUACAUCACAGUCAGCGUGCCACUGCCUCUGGGCUGCAUCACCAUCCUCUUUAUUGAGCUUUGUACUGACAUUUUCCCCUCAGUGUCUUUGGCCUAUGAGAGGGCUGAGAGCGACAUUAUGCAUCUAAAGCCGAGGAACCCACGCAGGGACAGGCUGGUGAAUGAAGCCCUGGCCGCCUACUCUUACUUUCAGAUAGGAGCAAUCCAGUCUUUUGCAGGCUUCACAGACUACCUUACAGCAAUGGCUCAAGAGGGUUGGUACCCGCUGCUGUGUGUAGGCCUCCGCCCUAAGUGGGAAGAUGUCCGGCUUCAGGAUCUACAGGACAGCUAUGGACAGGAAUGGACAUACAGUCAGCGUCUGUACCAGGAGUACACCUGCUACACCGUGUUCUUCAUCAGUAUUGAGAUUUGCCAGAUUGCUGACGUCUUGAUCAGGAAAACUCGCCGUCUCUCUGUCUUCCAACAGGGCUUCUUCAGAAACCGGGUGCUUGUGGCUGCUGUAGUUUUCCAGCUGUGUCUCGGUAAUCUGCUGUGCUAUUGUCCGGGAAUGCCAAACAUCUUCAACUUCAUGCCUAUUAGGGUUCAGUGGUGGUUUGUGCCAUUGCCGUAUGGUAUCCUGAUCUUUGUCUAUGAUGAGAUAAGAAAACUAGGAGUGAGGAGACAUCCAGGCAGUUGGUGGGAUCAGGAGUUGUAUUACUGAGCAACCUUUACCAUUUCGUACAGGAGAAUGUGGUUAUUUUGUGUUGGAAAAUUUGACCUGACUUCUGCAAAUGACUGUGCAUUGUGUUAUUUUACAUAUGCUAUGAGUUUGUUUCACUAUAUUCCUAUUUAAAAUCUCUUAAUGAUUAGACUUCAUUAGAACAGCAGGUCUGCAUGGCUUUGUGUUGUAAGUAUUGACAUAAUUUGCUUGACAGUAGAAAAGAUGAAUGUAACAAAACAGGCAUAAUGAUAGAAAUAAGAGAAUGUUGAUGUUGAUGUUACAAGUCAGUGAGAGGAUAAGAUCAGAUGUUUCAUGGAAUAAGUGUACAUUUUAAUAAUAACAAUUUGUUUUUACUA